GCAUAGCGACAGCGUUCACCAUCAAUAAUGGCGUCGCGCAUCUGUUGAAAACCGAAAAUAGGAAACAAGUGAAUGCGAGCUUUGUUUGUCCAGCUCAGCCACCAUGGACAAAGCGGCUACAAAACUCUCCCUUGAAGAAAGGGAGAACCUCAUGGUUCCCCAGCUACCGCACAGGUCGGGCUUCACACCGAGGCCAGUAGAGCGGCUAACUUCAAGGUCAAGGCCUCACACUAUGGUGGACAUCGAGUGCUGUCACUUCCUGCGCACUCCGUCGAGGGAGUUCACCGUUCAACAACCGACCGUUGAGCAUCGACUGUGGGUGGAAGCCGGCAAGCACGACGCUCCGUUCCCCACUCGACCUGACACAAGUUACAACAGUAACAUCUGGCGAAAUUUCCGAAAGCAGUUUGGACUCAAUUUUUCACCAGAAGGGAAGAAGGUUACAGAUGUGAUAGCGGCCAUGUACCCCCUGAACAUACCCGCAGCCUCCAACGUGGGAGAAAAUACCUUUGAAAAAUACAUCAAAGAGACAAGAUUGUUCCAGAAUCCGAAGGCGAAGAAUUUGGCUAUCAGACGGACGAAGACGGAUGUGCACGAGUUCAAACAACUGAAGUGUAAAUCUGACGGUCGUCAUCCUCCAAUAAAUGAGAAAGGUGAUAUUCUUCCGCCCGAGAACUACAAGAAAUAUGCUCACAGGUUUAUGCCGGUUCCCUCCCCUCCUCCAUCGCCGCCCCCACCCGGUCAGAAAACAGAUCUGUUCGGCCAGCGGUACGUGCCGAGGUCACAACCCGUGCUGUGGAAGCUCAGCUACAAACUGAACCACCCCGAGUUCCAGAAGCUGAGGGAGGAAGUGAAGAAGAGGAGAGAAAUGAUGGAACAAAACAAGAAAGAAAGAAGCACCAUGCCGAGAGUAAUGCCGUCGCCGAUGUUAAGUACAACCCCAACGCUGUGAAUGUAUCGCUGAAAUCAUGCAAAACUGUUCCUUGUCACGAAAUGAAUCUGAAGACUUUGAACUUUUGAAUGUGAGUGAUAAGAAACACGUGGACACAGUAAGGUUAUAAAGUGCAGGGAAGAAGCAAGACAGAUAGACAGAAGCAACAGAGGGAAAGAAAAGAAGUAGGACCUAUCAAUGGUGCCC